AUGGCGAACGUACAACACGGCCACCAGAUCGACUUGCAUGACGACGAGUCGCUCCUGGACGAUGACUUGAUCGAGGCCGACCAUGACAUCGAAGCCGACGACCCCCUGCACGACACCUCCGACACAGCCCCUCUACGAGGCAACAUUGAAGACUCCAGCUCCAGAAGCCGUGGAUCCGGUUAUGGUAAUUACCUGACCUCCUCGAUCCCUGGUGAGGACCGCCGCUCGACGCAAAACACUAUUGAUGAGACCGUCUGGGCGACCCUGUCGCGCGACCUGAUCGCCGUGUGGGAGAAGAUGCGCCAGGUGCUGUACCCCAAGUAUCUGCUGGGCGGUAUGUUGCAGCGCGGAGGAGGUGGUAUCAAUGAUGCGGAGAGAGGCGAGGCCACUGGAUUUGGUCGCAACCUGCGCGGGCUCGUGGGUCGCUGGCCGGAUGCCGACGUGGUCCUGCAGGGUGGUAUGAGCGAGGGAUUGCGCGACUGGGAUCUCUGGGGCCCAUUGAUCUUCUGUCUGGUUUUGAGCUUGUUCCUGUCUAUGGCGCACGGAGACCAAUCCUCGCUGGUCUUCUCCGGUGUCUUCUGUAUUGUCUGGCUCGGAGAGGCGGCUGUUACUCUUCAGAUCAAGCUUCUUGGUGGCAAAAUCUCCUUCUUCCAGUCCGUUUGCAUUAUCGGCUACACGCUGUUCCCACUUGUUAUUGCUGCGCUCCUCAGUGCGCUCGGUCUUCCUACAAUCGCCAGAAUCCCUGUUUACCUUGUCCUCGUGGCAUGGUCGUUGGCUGCCGGUGUUAGCAUCCUGGGCGGCUCAGGCAUUGUUCGGAAUCGGGUGGGCAUUGCCGUGUACCCUCUGUUCAUGUUCUAUAUCGCGAUUGGAUGCCUCUGUUUCAUUAGUUAG